AUCCAUACAACCAGCAAAAUCAGAAUUAAAAUCUCCAUCUAUCCCUUCUUUUGAUUAAAAAAUGAUCUCAGCCUGGAAAAAACGAAGAGCAAAUCGCCAUGCCGGGAAGAACAAGCUCAAGCUCUCCAAUAAUGGCGACUCGAAUCCAGAGCUCGCGAUCCCCGCCCAUUUUCAGUGCCCCAUCUCGCUGGACUUGAUGAAGGAUCCGGUCACGCUGUCCACCGGAAUCACAUAUGAUCGAGAGAGCAUCGAGAAGUGGAUCGAAGCUGGUAACCGGACCUGCCCGGUUACUAAUCGGGUCCUGACCGGGUUUGAUCAAAUCCCGAACCACUCCAUAAGGAAGAUGAUUCAGGAUUGGUGCGUGGAGAACAGCUCUCGUGGAGUGGAGAGAAUCCCUACUCCUCGGAUCCCGGUUUCGCCCUACGAUGUUUCGGAGACUUGUUCAAAGAUGGCGGCUGCCACCCUACGCGGGGACUGGGAGGCAGCGCAUGAGCAGGUGAGGAAGAUCAAGGCGUGGGGGAAGGAGAGCGAGCGCAACCGAAGGUGCAUCAGUGACAACGGGACCGGAACUGCCCUCGCGGGCUCUUUCGAAUUGACGUCGAGUAUCGAAUCGGGGGCAAAACACGGCGAAUUGUUGGUAGAGAUAAUAUCGGUGCUACCAUGGAUGUUCCCGCUUGGGGUUGAGGGUCAAGGCAGGCUUGGUUCUGCAGCAUCUUUACGAUGCAUGGUAAGGCUUUUGAAGGAUGGAGAUCUUUCGGUGAGGCGAAACACAGUUUUGGUCUUAGAAGGGCUUCUUUCUUCGGAGGAAAAGCACGGGGAGGCAUUGCUCGAGAUUGAAGGGGCUGUUGAAGCAUUGUAUAAGGUAAUUGAGGAGCCCAUUUCCCAUACUGCUACUAAAGCCUCUCUGAAGGCUAUUUUCUGCAUGAUUUCGUCGGCUGCGGCAGGGGAGAGGAUCACAUCAAGAUUUGUCGAAAUGGGUUUGGUUUCGGUGAUCCUGGAAAUGAUGUUUGAUGCAGAAAAGGGAGCAUGUGAGCAGGGUUUGGGCGUUUUGGACAUAGUUUGCAGCACAAGAGAGGGGAUGGAGAAGGCCUAUGAUCAUCCCCUAACCGUGCCAGUUUUGGUGAAAAAGAUUUUGCGAGUGUCGGGCCUGGCGACGGAGUUUUCGGUAUCGAUCCUGUGGAAGCUCUGCAAGAAUGAGACGAGGGAAGAUGGAGGGGUUUUCAUUGAGGCGCUUCAAGUUGGGGCUUUUCAGAAGCUUUUGGUUGUGUUGCAGGUCGGGUGCGUCGGAAGAACAAAGGAAAGGGUAACUGGGUUAUUGAAAAUGUUGAAUCUUCAUGGGGGAAAAUUGGGCUGUGUGGAUUCAUCAAUGGGAUUCAAGUAUCUCAAAAGAUCGUAUUAAAUUGAGUUGAUUCAGUAUGAGAAAUUAUUCUUAAUAAUUAGGUUGGAGAUAGAUCAGAUGUACAAAUGACACACUUCAUGUAUUUGUACCAUUCAUUUGCACAUAUAAAGCAAAAAUUUAGUCAGGCCCAGUGGAUUAGGGAUUUUGUACCAAAAAAAGAAAAAAAAGAAAAAGAAAAUAAGAAAACAUAAUUUAUUUUUCA